AUUUUUCGUCUAGGGAAACUCUUAGCCGAUCUAAGUACUAGGCCUAAGGGUCAAUGAAAAAGUGUUUCGAUUAGUUUGUAUGAUUGAAAAACAUUUAAAUUUAAAAUACUGGCCCAAAAAAAAGAGUGUAAAAAGUACAAGUAUUUCUGAACAUUAAAUUUUUUAUUUUGCAUGAGCCGGUGUCGAUUUGCUGACGGAUUUGAUAUACAUAUGUAUUUUCAGAAAGUAAUUUCCUCCCGUAAAAUUUUUGAUAAAUAAUUUAAAUUUUAGGCUCAUUGAAAUGGUCCCGAAGCGUAAGCGUGCUUAUGUUAUAGUGCUUUUUGCCGCUGUGAUAGUUUGUUGGCUAAAAAUAUUGUUAUGGAAUUUACCUCUGCCAAUUUUAAAUAACCAACGCUACUAUAGAGGUGCUUCAAUGAAAGUGGUCGUAACGGUGUUUUAUGAGUCUCUGUGUCCGGACUCGAAAUAUUUUCUAACCAAGCAGCUUCUGCCAACUUUCAAGGUCGCUGAAUCUAUUAUGGAGGUACAACUUGCACCGUAUGGCAAAGCAAGACAAAAUGAAUUAAAUGGAAAAAUAUCUUUCAAUUGUCAACACGGACCUACCGAAUGCCAAGCUAACAUUUAUCACGCCUGUGCAACAAAGAUAAUUGAAGAUCCACUUCUGCGACUACAAGUAAUAACAUGUAUGAUUAGAGACAACCGUGUUCCUCAAGAUGCUAUGCAUAAGUGCGCGAAACAACACAAUAUAGACGAUACGCUCAUUCAAAAAUGUUUCGACAGUAACCAAGGCCUGGAUUUGCUUAAAUUGAAUGGUGAAGCCACUCAUGCACUGAGACCUCCUGUAACAUUUAUUCCAACAAUCACAAUAGAUGGGUCCCAAGGCAGACAAGCGUCUAUUUUAAAAGACUUGUUUUCUGAGGUGUGCAAAGCAGUCAGUGAUGUAGCGGAAGCCGAAAAUAUUUGCCAGAACAAGACCUCUUACUCACUAAAUAUAUAAUAUUAAUUGUUAAAUGUAAAUGCUGAACUAAAUUUAAAAUUUUAAAUUUUUUAGUACACUUAUUAAAAGUUUUUAAAAGAUUCGCACAUAACUAUAAUAAAUAAUUUCUUAAAGUGUAUAUUGAAUAUGAAAUAUUGUUUUUUCCAUAAUUGAUGAACUAAUUGAAAAAGUUGAGCUCUAAUUCAAUCUCAAUGUAAAUGCUGAACUAAAUUUAAAAUUUUAAAUUUUUUAGUACACUUAUUAAAAGUUUUUAAAAGAUUCGCACAUAACUAUAAUAAAUAAUUUCUUAAAGUGUA